AUGUCUGAAAAUGCUUCAGAAUCUCAAAAAUUAUCUGGAAAUGCUCCUGCAGAUCAAAAAUCAUCUGGAAAUGUUCCUGAAGCCCAAAAAUCAUCUGGAAAUGCUUCAGAAACGCAAUUUUCAGCGGAAAAUUCUCCAGAAGCUCAAAAAAUGGCUGAAAAUUCUGCAGAAACUGAAUUUUUGGCUGAAAAUGCUUCAGAAACUUAA